AUGAAUACUUCAUCUAUUAUCGGUGAUCAAAUAUUAAUGUCAUUUACUAUUUUAAAAGAAGUUAAUAGAAUAUUUGAUGAUUCAUUUGUAUAUUCUCCUAUUUCUUUAAUUCUAUCAUUAGUUAUUCUUUUGAUUGGAUCUAAAGGUGACACUGAAAUUCAAAUUAAAAAUCUUGUUUCACCAAAUUUUUCAAGAGAAGAAAUUUUUUCUUAUUAUUCUUUAAUAAAUAAAAAAUUGGAAGAUGAUAAUUUAUUUGUAAUUUUAAAAUCUUUCAAUAAAGGAUUUAUAACAAAUGAGUAUGAAAUUAAUGAUAAUUAUAAAAAUUUAAUAGGAAAUUAUUUUAAUGGAUCUAUAGAACAAAUACAAUUUUCUGAUAUCCCCCAUUCUACAGAGAAAAUUAAUAAUAUUGUUAGUAACUCAACUAAUGGAAAUAUUCCAAAAAUUAUUGAAUUAAAUGAGAUUAGCAUUAGAAUGAAAUUUAUUUUAUUAUCAGCUUUGUAUUUUAAAGGUGAUUGGCAUGUAAAAUUUGAGAAAACUGAUACUAAAAUAGUACCCUUUUAUGUAAAACCAAAUGAAACUAAAGAAGUUUAUAUAAUGUCAUUGGAGAAUAAAUUUAGUUAUUUUGAAAACAAUUAUUUUCAAUUAGUUCAGUUACCAUAUUUAGGAAAAAAUAUGAAAAUGAUUAUUAUAUUACCAAAAAAUAAGUAUAAUCAUGAUAAUUUUAUUGAAAAUAUUUUAUCAAUAGAUAACUUUGAAUAUGCUUUAAAUAAUAUGGAAAAAAUUUUUAUUAAAGUUAUGAUUCCAAAAUUUGAUAUACAAUCAUCAAUUAAUGUUACACCUAUAUUAAAAAAUCUUGGAAUUGUUGAUGCUUUUAAUGAGAUAGAUUCUAAUUUUAGUGAAAUUACAAAUAAUUCAGCAUUAUAUAUAGAUGAAAUUAAACAAAAAGCAAAAAUUGAAAUUACUGAAACAGGUACAGAAGCAGCUGCAAUAACAUCUAUAAGAUUAUCCCUCUACAGUGGGGCAGAGAUAAAUGAUGGUGAAGUCAAAAUAUUUCGUGCAGACCAUGCUUUUUCAUUUUAUAUUAUAGAUAACAAUUUUAACAUUUAUUUUUCUGGUAUAUUUAAGUAA